AUGAACAUAAACGAUCUCCCGCAGUUGGAAGGCGAUAUUAUCGCCCAGGACUUUUCCAAGCCGGUUCUUGAGUCGGUUUCCAGAUGGUCUUCAACUGGAAUCAUUGAACGCCCUGCACUCACUAUUAUUCCAAACACCGAGGAAGACAUCAUCAAAGCUAUAGAAUAUGCCAAAGAGCAUGCUCUUCAGUUAUUGCCUGUUGGUGGAGGACAUGGAUUCUUAGCCCCAAUCACUUCGAAGACCCUCUAUCUUGACUUGAAGAGAUUCAACAAGGUUGAGGUAGACAGCGAUAAUCAAACAGUCGCUGUGGGAGGUGGAGCUGUGACGAGCGAUCUGAUCAAGACAUGCACUGAGCGUGGGUUCUAUACUACCUGGCCUAACAGCAAUGCGGUUGGCGUUGUUGGAUGUAUUCUGGGUGGAGGCAAUCCAACCUUGCUUGGACUACAUGGAUUGAUGAUUGACCAUGUCCUUUCUAUCCGUCUUGUCACUUCAGACAAGAGGAUCGUGGAUGUUUCGCCCUCAUCGACUGGCGACGAUCUUGCGCUCUUCCACGCUUUGUGUGGAGCAGGCCAUGGACUUGGUGUGAUCACUUCCUUGACGAUGAGAAUCUUUCCCCUGGAGAACCUUCGAUUAUCGGAGAAUCAAGUCUGGGUCCGCAGACUCAUCUUCCCAGCUUCAGAGAUCGAAUUUGCCGCGAAGUUGUUUGAUCAACUGCAACCUCCUCCCCCGCCAAUGGUUACGUUACUAGUUUUCGCAAGGGCACCACCGACUGCCCCCAAACCUGGUGCACCAAUGGUCAUUCUCACGGUGACAUACUUUGGACCGCCAGAGGAGGCGGAGGCACGCACUUCAACCUUGUUCGAGGAUGAGACUGUCGCCAAAGCUAUCAUGGUACAGGCCGUCUUGACGCCAUUGUCCAAGAUAAAUGAUGGAAACAGUCAGAAUGAUGUACAUGGCGGAUUCAAAAACAUUCAGGCUGCGUGGAUCAAGGAGACUCAAGCCGAAACUAUCAAAGCUGCGUUCGGCAAAUGGCUUGAUUUCACCACUCAAUACGAGGAUGCGAAGCGCACGGCAAUGAUUCUGAAUGGCGUCAACACUCAAAAACAGCUUGAGAUCCAGGGCACAUCGGAAGGACGAGACCGAUACUUCGAUGCUCGUGACAGAGGAAUUCAGGCAGUGGUAAUCAGUUGGUUUACCAAGCAAGAGACUCGGCCAGCUGCAGCAGACUUUGCCGCCAGUAUCAAAGCUCUGUAUAGGCAGAAUGACGCCACAGACAUCCCGCGGACUAUCUUGAACAAUAUUAACCUGGACAUGGAACUAGGAGAAGUCUUUUCUGAAUAUAGGGUCACAGAGUUGAAGAGACUGGCCAAUGUUUGGGAUCCAUCUGGCCUCUUCUGGAGACCAUGGAACUGA